CGUAACGGUAAUGAAUCCAAAGAUUUUUCGUGUAAAAAGAGCGAACUCUCAUGUGAAAAAUGCCAGGAGGGCAAAUCCAGUGAACUCUCACGACGGAAAGGCAAACCCAGUAACAAACCCAGUGAACUCUCGCGACAAAAAGGCGAACCCAGUGAACUCUCGCGACAAAAAGGCAAACCCAGUGAACUCUCACGACGAAAAGGCAAACCCAGUGAACUCUCACGCCGGAAAUGGAAAGGCAAACCCAGUGAACUCUCACGCCAGAAAUGGAAAGGCAAACCCAGUGAACUCUCACGCCGGAAACGUAAAGGCAAACCCAGUUUCGAAACUGUGAUUGAUGUGGUUACGAUCGAAGGUCACGCUAAGGACUAG